UUCUUUUUUCGUCUAUCUCUGACACCGUUUCUGACUGCCACUGACUUCUUCUCGAAACGGUCGUUCUCCCUUCUGCCACGCCCACCACGUUGCGGAUUGACGCAUGCGGCACAAUUUGACUUCUGAGCGACCCGCUGUCAAGUGCGCCUCUAACGCAGGUUCAAGUGGCUCAGUUGCAGUAGUCGACGUCGCUGCUCUGGAGUUCGGCGCCCUGCAAUUACCCCAUAUUCUGUUCUCGAGCAAGCUGAACGGGCUUCAACGGUCGCAGGUGACUUGUAUCCCGUUUCCCUCGGCGGACCUCGACAUUUGCCAUCAACGACAACCCUCGUCGGGCCUGCUACCAUCGAGACAUCAAUUCCUCGAUCGUCGUCCGCUCACUUAGCCCCGUCCAACGCGAUUGGAAUUUCACUUCGCUCUCUUCUUUGUGCAACCUCUGUCACCAAAGUGGCCUGUCGAACUUUGCAUCUGCGCUGGCCGCCCCCUGGUUCAUUGUGUCGAAUCGAAUCAAGUCCUCACUACGGCCUGCAUCUCCCUCUGAUCCUCCACGAAUGAUCAAUCGCCCAUCCAGCAGCAAGCAGCAGGCACUUUCCUCCAACAGCUCAAAUCACCAACCCAUUCUCCUCACGUCAGCGUCCGCGCCUGCCUCCAAGCCGUCCACCUCGCACGUACUCCGAAUUGGCUCGCCGGCAACAACCCCUCUCCGAUAGCUGAUCUGAGAUCCUCCGACGCCAUGACUUCUCCUGCUCCUCUCGCUCGCAAUGAGUCCCAGGCCUCCAGUCGUCGAAGUACCAGUCUCGGCUCUCGCCUGUUUCGAUCAAAGAGCGGCGAAGCGCUAGGUGAUCGCAAGACCUCUGGGAGCCGUCUGAAAAAGAAGCAGCAAGAGAUGGAUGAAGCUGCAAAGGUCACACAGUCGCCUCCUCGCCUGCCAAAUUACAAUCCACAGCCUUUGGGCAUUCAAUCAUUUGGUGGUGAAAACUACAACCCCCAGACCGCGUCCAGAGAGCAAACAAAUGGCGCAAAGAACACUCCCCCCGUCCCUCCUUUGCCCGGAAACUUGGAAAAGGAGGCUGUUGAUCCAUAUGCGAGGACUGAGAGCAUGACCCACCGUGGUCGAUACUCCUAUGCGAAUUCGACUGUCUCUACCAUCAACUCUCCCCGGAGAGUUCGCCGUCGCAAAGAUCCCACCCCUUACAACGUCCUCAUCAUCGGUGCUAGAAAUGUCGGCAAAACCUCUUUCCUUAAUUUCCUAAAGAGCUCGCUUGCGCUGCCGGCAAAAAAACAACCGAGUCGAGCUCCGGAUGGCGACACACCUCCCUCGUCUGCAAGAGCAAACCCCAACUUCGUCCACCACUAUCAAGAGAUCGAGGUCGAUGGGGAGCGAAUUGGCUUGACAUUGUGGGACUCUCAAGGCUUGGACAAGGGCGUUGUUGACCUUCAGCUGAGAGACAUGAGCAAUUUUGUCGAAAGCAAAUUCGACGAUACCUUUCUGGAAGAGAUGAAGGUCGUUCGCGCCCCAGGCGUCCGCGAUACUCACAUUCAUUGCGUCUUCUUUGUUCUUGACCCUGCCCGGCUGGACGCCAACAUCAACGCUGGCCAAGGUGUCACCAACGGGGUCGAAGCCACGCGAAUUGGCAAGCCAUCUCGUAUUGUCGGCGCUCUCGACGAAGACUUUGACAUUCAAGUCAUGAGGACCUUGGCCAGUAAAACCACCGUCAUCCCAGUCAUCAGCAAGGCGGACACCAUCACCACAGCGCACAUGGCGUUUCUGAAGCAAAAAGUCAGCCGGAGUCUGAAGAAGGCUGGUCUUGAUCCAUUGGAAGCCUUGAGUUUUGAUGCCGAAGACGAGGAUGACGAACGUCUGGACGAGCGCGACGAAGAUGAAAAUAGCAGCGCUGCAGACUCGGAAGAUCAGGCUUCAGCCCGGAGCGAGGAUUCUGAUGCGAAUCGAGACCCGGGCACCACGAAACGGCCGGGCAACCACAAGCGCCAUAUUUCCACCGAGGAUGCUGUGCUUGACAGUGGCUAUGCCCCAUGGUCGAUCCUCAGCCCAGACAAAUAUUCUCUCGAAGCAAAGGAUGGCCCAGUUGGACGGCAUUUUCCUUGGGGGUUUGCCGACCCGUACAAUCCCAACCAUUGUGACUUUGUGAAGUUGAAAGAAGCUGUAUUUGGGGAGUGGCGAUCUGAGUUGCGAGAGGCCAGUCGCGAAGUGUUCUACGAACGCUGGAGGACGAACCGUCUCAAUCGCCGAACUCUGCCAGCCAACGCGACCAAUGGUCUACCAUCUGGACCUAGACAGAGCAGCGGGAUCCCCAUUCCCCUCCAACCCCGUGUGCGAUAAGUCUCGAGGUAUUCUGUACAAUAAAUGUACAACAGAUUUCAAAAUUACUGACCAACAUCGAUCGAGUUGAAGAUGAUAACCGGUUGGCAGUGUUGAUCUGCAUGGUAUUGAAACAUGUUCAAAAAAAUCAGAGCGCGAAGUAAAUCGACUGUGGAAAUUGAGUGACUGUGAAGGAAAGUGGAAAGGGAGGCGGUUUCUUUCCCAGGGGCAUGGAAUGUUGCGCGUGGGUGGCCCGUUUGUCGACUUUUAUCCGUCCCUUGCCUUGCAUUACAGUGCCCUGGUUUUUGAACGACCUGACACGAGUCAUGACACAACACCUUUUUUCUCUUCUUGGAGAGCAUGACCCUGGUUCUUGCGAGGGCAGAACGCAGGCCAAGUCGGGCAUGUUCAAUCAUGUUUCCUUUGUUGAGUUUUGGACGUGGAGCUUGCAACAAGACGGCGAGCGAGCGAGCGAGCGUUGAGCGUUGAGCGUCAUGCGCGCUGGAACUGAGCUGAGCUUGGUGUUGCGGAAUGAUGGGAGCCCUUGAUUUGGUGCGGGAGCUGAAAUUGUAGCGAGCAGAGUUAUCCACAAAUACCCCCUUUUUCCCUUUUUUCUUUAAAAACCAACCGUAACCUCGUUUACUCUAUAUAGAAAAGAUGGCCACAUGCGCUCUAGGGUCUUUGCCUCC